AUCUACUUACGCUACUUUCCCUCUAUGGCUCAACUGUCUCAAUUGAACAAAACCAGAUGUUAUCAAUUACCUUUAAACAUUAUUUAGUCCAAUAUUUGAGAAAAGUUUUCAAAUUUCUGUCCUUGUUUGUUUAUUUAUAACCAAAUUUUCCAGUGUAAUUUACCAAGCUCUUGCUGUAAAACUAAAACAGACUUAGCAUAAUACCAUCAACAUUUUAACUACAAAUGAAAAUUAAAAAAAAUUCUCAGUAAGGUAAGUAAAUGAGGGUUCUAUUUCCAGUUUCAAAUUUCUACUUUAUUCAGUCCUAACCAAAUCUUUGAUAAUCGAUUUCAAUAAAAAAUGUCCAUCAACUGGUCAGUUAAUAACCCUGAAGACAAUCCAGAUGAUGCACCAAACACAACAUCCGGCCCGGGAGGACCAAAUAAUGAUGAUGAAGAUAUAGAAGAUGAGACUCUCCCUGAACGUCUGUUGGGACUUGCCGAGAUGUUCCCAGAACCAGUGACUGAUGUCAUUGACCAAGCAGCUGAUUUUCUUCACUAUAACUUCAAAAACUUGUACUGGUUUAGUAGGCAAUCAACAUGGAUUGUAGAGACUUGCACGCUCAUUCUUUUGGGCCCGAUUCUGCUGUCCUAUUGUGGCUGGAAACGAGAUGCUGCAUUGGAUCCGGGUCCUUGUGGAGGUAUUGCAGGAUCUUGCAGGUCUAUUGGUGGGAGAAAGUGUCAUCUUCAACGGCCUACACCUUAAGGAUGAUUUACUAGGCAGUAAGCCUUGUGGAUAACCUUGAAAAUGAUUCACCUUUCAUUGAUAGUCCUGGGCUGGGCAGAAAACCUUGAGGAUAAUUCACUUUCUAUUGCUAAUAAUUCUGUAUGUGAUAUAUAACAAUUAAUGUACUCCUGAUAAUUCACAUCUUGGUGGUCAACCAAAAAGUAUGCAAAUACACAUUUGAAAAUUUAAAGUGUUUUAGUUUCAAAAUCUCUGUUGAAACAACUUUUAAAAAUUGAUUCCUUUGAUUUUCUGGAAUUGAUUCAUUAAUCCAAUUGUACAAAAUCUCUUAUCAUUAAACUGGUUUGUAUUGAAAGAGAA